AUGCAUUUUGACAAAUUGUUUACAUUUGCUUGCCUUGCAGCGCCAGCGCUUGGUUUAAAUACGGCUGAAAUACUUCAGGAGUAUUUUGGCAACGAUGCACCUUGGUAUUCUGAUCGCAUCCCAGUCUUUGAAUCCAGUGCCUCUGAUAUCCAGGAUGUGUACUAUUACCGAUGGAAAAUCUUCCGAGCCCACCAGCGCGACCUUGGCGCUGAUGGCUACAUCUCAACUGAAUUCCUCGAAGACGUGAGCUGGCAGACGCAACCAUCCGCAUUGCUUAUAGAUGCGACGAAUAUGCACCUUCGUGAAGGACGCUGGUGCCGAGACCGUCGCUUCAAGGAUGAUUACAGAAACUUCAUCUUCGGACCGAAUAAGAACCCUUAUCAAUUCUCCGAAAGCAUGGCCGAUGGAGCGUGGCAAGGUUAUCUUGUUGAUGGCGUUUCUGAUACCAUUACUGGGCUUCUUGAUUCCAUGCAAAGUGUCUAUACGGGCUGGAAUACCACAAGCAUGUCAACGGGUGGCUAUGAUGUAUCGAAGAGCCUAUACUGGAUUCAGCCCUUGACAGAUGCGACAGAGUAUACUAUUGCCAGCAUUGAUGCCUCUGGGGGCUCCGAUGGAUUCACAGGCGGUAAUGCAUUCCGUCCGAGCAUCAACAGCUACCAGUAUGCGAAUGCGUUGGCUAUCUCCAAUAUCGCUUCUCUCGCUGGGGACAAAGACCUUGCGCAACAGUAUAAGAAGAAGGCAGCUACCAUCAAGGAUACUGUCCAGAACUUCCUCUGGAACAGUACAUUCGAACAUUUUAUCGAUCGAUACAAAGUGGACAACGAUGAUGUCAAGUACUGGGACUUUAUCCGAGGCAGGGAAUUAGUUGGUUUCGUGCCCUGGACCCACGACCUCCCGGACGACACUCAUGAUUUCGCCCAAGCAUGGAAGCACCUCAUCGACUCUUCUAAGUUUGCCGGGCCACAUGGCCUUCGUACCAAUGAGCCCAGCUAUGAGUACUUCAUGCGACAAUAUCGCUACGAAGGUGACAAACGCGAAUGCCAGUGGAAUGGUCCUGCCUGGCCAUACCAGACUACCCAGGUCCUCGCAGCUCUUGCCAACUUGCUUGACCACUACCCCAAAGCUACGGCAGCAAAUGUUAUAAGUAAAGUCGACUACACCAAUAUUCUCAAGCAGUACGCGCAACUACACUACAACCAGAACCGAGGAGGUAUUCUGGAUCUCGAAGAGGACUAUGAUGCAGCUACUGGCCUCCCAAUUGUCGGGCUCGCUCGUUCUCCGCACUACUUUCACUCCGGCUUUAUUGACCUGAUUCUAUCUGGAUUCGUGGGUAUUCGCCCUCGUGCAGACAACACCCUCGAGAUCAAUCCAGCCGCAGACGGGAGCUCGAUCUCAUAUUUCCGAGCAGAGCGAAUCCUUUAUCACGGACACGAAGUCGCCGUACAAUGGGACGCCACGGGAGACAGGUACGGCAAAAAGGGACUGAUCGUCGAAGUCGACGGUAAAAAAGCAGCAAGUUCGAACAGUCUAUCCCGUCUGACGGUCAAUGUUUCCCGCAAAAGCCCGCCGUCAGUCGACCGUCCGAUUGCCGUGUCUGUCCAGCAAGGUGCGGGCACAAAUUAUCCAAGAGGCACGGUUUCCGUGACGAAUGUCACCGACACAGCUGGCAUUCACGCUGCUAUCGACGGGCGCGUCUAUUUCUUCCCCGAGACCGAUAUCGCGAAUGGGUGGAAAUACCCCGAUAGGCAACGGAAGCGAAGUUUGGUUUCAGAUUGA